AUGUCUGAUGUGAAUAGGUUUUGUAGUCUUAGACUGAAGAAGUAUAGGUUUUUGGAUCAUUUGUCCUUUCUUUGUUCUUGUAAACGAAAGAGAAUUAUUCCCAAGUUUAUCUCUUUGAAAUGUAAUCUUUCUUCAUCUCCUAAAAUUAUCAAAGUGCUUUUCCUCUCCAAGUUAGCUCUGUUAAGAGCUCUUAUUCAGGAAACUCGUAGGAAAAUUUCUAUUCUUGAAAAUGAGUUGUUUAAUUUACAUCUCAAGCUUUCUAAUUCCAUCUCUAAUUUUGAUUUGAUUGACAGUAAAAGUUGGAACAGGGUUCUUCAGUCUACUUCUAAGCAUAGGUCUAUUCAUCGUAAGAAGUUGGAAUCUCUUUUCGCAAAUUAUGCUGAUAAUGCUUCUGAUGUUUUCCCUCAGGUGAAUCAGAAUGCUGUUCUUAAUCUUUCUUCCAAACACUUGACUUCAGAUCAGCUUAAUGCUCUCAAACUUAAUAACAAUUUUGCUUCUGGUUCAAAACCUUCUUUUCCUAAGUUGUUUGCUCCAAUUGAGAAAGCCUUUAGAUUUAGUGCUCUCACUGCUUCUCAAAAGGACUCUAUUAGGCAUAUCAUUGCCAAUACUGUGGAUUUCAAUUCCAAAUGGACUUCAAAUACUUUUAGCAAGCAUGCUAAUUCUUCCAUCAAAGUUUUGUGUUCUGAUCCUGAUCUAGUUGUUACUAAGGCUGAUAAAGGUGGCCAAAUUGUUAUUCUUGACAAAAGUUCAUAUUUAGAUAAAUGUAAUGAGCUCAUUGCGGUUGGUCCUUAUGUGACACUUCACAAAGACCCUAGUAUUAGAGAGGUUAAUCUUAUUAAAAAUGUUGUGAAAUCUUCUCCUAUCAUCAGUGAGUCUUCAAAAAGGUCUUUAACUCCUUCUGUUGCACAUUGUACCAGAUUUUAUGCUCUACCAAAGGUCCAUAAACCCGACAUUCCGCUUAGGCCUAUUGUUUCAAACAUUGCAUACUACACGGAUCAUCUGAAUUUUUGUUACUUCGGAAUGCCUUUGAUCCAGUUAGUUCGGAUAAUCGAGGUUCUUAUGUAUGCCUUUCAAAUACUUCAGUGA